AAAAUUCACUCGUUCACUUCAUUUUAUUAUGGCGAAGUGCUAGAUCGGUACGAGAAAGUACCAAGUCAAAAAUAAGAACCAAAAUUAAUAUAUCUUGUUGUAGAAAAAAAGAUUCAGCAAUCUUUUCAUAUGUUGUAAAUCUAGAUUCACAGUAUCAGAACAAAAAUAACCGAAUAUUGCAUCGUUUCAACUGUUAGUGUUAUAGACAUUUUCAUGCACAAGUGCUGUGGAUUAAAAGUAACCGACAGAUUGGGCAUCCGGCUUGUUAAACGCAUCUCAAUAUCGAAUAGUUGUCAUGUUUUUAAUUGAUUUCAAGUGUAAAAACAAACUGUGUUGUCAUAAAUCAUAACCUCAAUUGUGAGUCCUUUGUGAAUACGUUGGACAAUUUUCCGUCGCCUGGUGCGGUGUGUAAUACGCAAGUUUAAUUUAUUAAUCAUAUAUGAUUCAACGGGAGUAUCAAAUGAACAACGGGUUUAGUACAGGAGAAGAAGAUUCUAGAGGUAAUUCUGACCAAAUAUGUUGCCUUGUGGAUGACGGCGACCGCUGCAGACGACCAGCGGGCAACGCUUCGUACAGCAAGCGUAUACAGAAAACUGUGGCGCUAAGGAGGCUCAAACUUAAUAUAGACGGUCAGGCAAGACACACAUACAUUUGUGAUUAUCACAAAACAAUGAUCCAGUGUGCCAGAACAAAACAGAGAAGAACAAAAGACUCAGAAGAUGAUAGUAAUGAGGCAGAAAAUGAUGCUCCAGAAGUGGACUGGUUCCAAUUACAGGUUAAUACCUUGAGGAGGUACAAAAGACACUACAAGGUGCCAACAAGGCCAGGACUGAACAAGGCACAGUUGGCUGAUGCUGUACAGAAACACUUCAAAUCAUUACCAGUCAACGAGAGGGAGAUUAUGACAUAUUUCAUUUACAUGGUUAAAACAAAUGGAAACAAGUUAGACCAGAAGAAUGGAAUGAAUAACUCAGAUUCAGUGUAGAAUUAUUUUGUUCCAAUUGACUUUAAUGAAGUGCAGUGUUAAUAUUAGUUUAAGUAGAUUAAUUAAUUAUCCUUUCUGUCUGUAUCUGUAUUAUAAAUUUCAAGCUGCAUUAAAAGAAAUAAUUAAGAUACAUUAAGUGAUUAGUAUAUUAUUUCAUACCAAAAACGAACAGAAAGCAAUGAAGAAGAAAAAACAUGUAUUGUGAAAAUGAUCUUGAACUGUUGCAUGCCUCCAUAUUAUCAAAUUUAGUAUUUAUUUCCAUGUAGUUUAAUGUAUUCAAAAAAAAAACAGUGUCAAAAUGUGAUUGUGAAAUUUGAUAUGAGGGUAAUGCAAUCAAAUAUAAAUACUGUUAAGAGAGAUUAUAUUUAAUAUUUAAAUGUAAAAUUACAUUUUAUUUCACAAAUGAUUUUGU